AUGGAUUGGAGAAACAAAUUAGAGUUGAUUCAAAACAAAAUAAGAGGCUAAUUACAUGCUCGUAAAAUAGAUGACUUGGAAGGAGUGUACCAAUUAAUGGCAGAAUUUGAUAAAGAUAAUUCUGGUAUGGAUAUUUCUAAUAUAGGUUAUUUGGAUAAAGAUGAAUUCUAAAAGUUUCUAUCUAAAAUAGGUGUCUUCCUUACAACUCAAGAAUUGAGAGCAGUCUAUGAUAAAUAUGAUUCAAAUAAAGAUGGCAAUAUAGCUUAUGCUGAAUUUGUGAAUCUCAUAAGAGAGAAUAUGAGUGAAAAAAGAAUCAAUGUUGUCAGAAGUACCUUCGCAUUUCUUGAUCAUCAAAGACAAGGAAGACUCCUUUUAGAAAGCUUGUAUAGACUCUAUCAAGCCAAAAAUCAUCCAAGAGUAAGAACUAGAUAAAAGACUGCAGAUCAAGUUACAAAAGAAUUUGUCAAUGCCAUCUCAAAAAGAAGCAAAGAUGGUCAAAGUAUCAGUGAAGAUGAAUUCCUUAAUUAUUAUGCUGACUGCAACGCAACUCUACCUAGUGAAAAAGAAGAAUAUUUUACAGAAUUAUUGACAUCCACUUGGGGAGUGACUUCAGGAGCUGAUUAUGUUUCUCCAGAAAGACUUGCACAAUUAGAAAUCAUUUUGUUUGAAAAAAUAAGAUAGAAGACAGUUACAAAGGAUGAUGAAGGUAAGACAGCCAAAAAGGCAUUUAUGUAUUUUGAUUUAGAGAAUAAAGGGACUAUUGAUAUUUACCAAUUUGCUUAGGCACUUUAAAAGUUUGGCUGUGUUUUCAGUGACAAAGAAAUUUAAGCAUUAUUUAAUAAAUAUGAUGCUGAUAAAAGUGGAAGAUUGUGUUAUGAUGAAAUCUGUGGAUUGAUUGCUUUAAUGGGAUCUGGAAAUAAUGCAAAUGUUAAUCCAGUAUUUCAAAUUGCAAGAGCUCCACCUUCAGAAACCUUAAAUAGAAUUAGAGCUGAUUUAAUAAAGAAAGGUUAACAUUCUGUAAUUAAAAUGGCUACAAUCUUUGCAAAUUCAGAUAAAAAUAAGAAUGGAACAUUAAAUAGACAGGAAUUCUAAUGGGCUAUGAAGGAAUCUGGGUUUUUACUUACUAAGACAGAAUAUGAUAAUCUUUUUAGAUAUUUUGAUAAGAAUUGUGAUGAUGAAGUCUCAUUUUUUGAAUUCAUUAGUUUUUUAAGAAAACCCUUAACUUAAUUUAGAGCAGAUCUAGUUAAUUAAUUGUGGAAUAGAAUAUCAAACGGAUAAUAGUCGGUAACAAUCUAAUAACUUAAACAAUUUUAUGAUGCUUCCAAGAGUCAAGAUGUAACCUUAGGUAUCAAAACUGUUGCUGAUGCUACUAAAGACUUUAAUGACAUUUGGAAGGAUGUCUAAGCUGUUACUUAAUAAUAAUUUAAUGAAUAUUUAACUGAUAUAAGUGCUCUUAUAGAAAGCGAAGCAACUUUUGAGAAAUUCAUUAGAAAUUCAUGGAAAUGA